CCUCCUCUCAGGAUUAUCGCCUCCUCUCUGCAGCUUCUUUUUUCUUCCGAGGAGAAAACAACCUUCUACUACUUCUACUACUUAUAUAAUAUAUUAUAAUACUAUAAUAUUAUAAUAUCACGAUGCGUCUGAUCCAGAACAUGUCCACCAUCUCGGAGUACGCAGCGCCGCAGUGCUCGGUGCCCAACCGGGUGAUCAAGAUCGCGGUGAUCGGCGGCAGCGGGGUCAGGAAGACCGCCCUGGUCGUGCGCUUCCUCACCAGGAGGUUCAUCGGGGACUAUGAGAGAAACGCCGGUAACCUCUACUCCAGAGAAGUCCAGGUGGACACGGAGCAGGUGACCAUCCAGGUCCAGGACACUCCUGGUGUGGAGAUGACCGAUAACAGCAUCAACCUCCCGGACCACGUGACCGGCUCCAUCCGCUGGGCGGACGCGGUGGUGCUGGUCUACUCCGCCACCGACCGCCGCAGCCUGGACCUGAUCCAGCAGCUGCACCAGCAGGUGUUGCGCACCGGGGGCGCCGCGGCGCCGCCCGUCAUCCUGCUGGCCAACAAGGCCGACCUGCUGCACCUGCGCGGCGUGGAGCCGGCGCAGGGCGCCGCGUUGGCGGCGGCGCUGGGCUGCUCCUUCUACGAGGUGUCGGCCAGCGAGGACUACAGCCAGGUGCACCGGGCCUUCCACCGGCUGUGCUGCCAGCUCGCCAAGCCGCGGCGGGCGGCGCUGGCGCCCACGACGGCGGCCGCGGCCGCCCGUCGGAGCGGCGCCGUCCUCAUCCUCAUCCCGCGGCCCAAGUCGCCCAACAUGCAGGACCUGAGCGGGCGCUUCAAGCAGGCGCUGUCGGCCAAAGUCAGGAUCGCCACCUCGGUGUGA